AUGCUGACCACAAGUAGCCCGCAUAAUCCACAGGCCAAUGGCCAAGCCGAAAGUGGAGUCGCUAUCGCGGAAAGAAUUCUGCGCCAGAAUGAUCCAGUGAAAGCACUGAUGGUGUACAGGGCAACACCAGUUGUCUCAACAGGACAUAGUCCUAGUCGUCUAAUGAUGGGACGUGAGAUGAGUACAACAUUGCCGAUACUCUCAAAGACACUAGCACCUCAUUGGCCUGAUCGCGAAAGACUGUCAGAGAAUGUAAAGAACACGCAAAUGAACUAUGAAAAACAGUACAAUAGGAGGCAUGGAGUUAGGCCUAUGCCUGAACUAAUGCCUGGUGAUCGGGUCCGAGUCAAGUUGGACAAUGAGUCCAAGUGGGGACAGCCCACUACCGUCGUUAGACAGCACGAAACCCCUCGAUCCUAUGUCGUGCAGUCACAGUCAGGAAGGGAGUAUCGUCGAAAUCGCCGCCAUUUACAACUUCUCCCGAAGACAAAUGGCAGCAACAGCAAGGACAAAGCUUCGGACUCGUCCGAGUCCCAACCAGCCGUACCGGUACAUACAAAUGUACAGCCAAGUAUACAGCCGAAUCCAGUACGAGAAACCCCAGCGUCGACUCCGAGUACGAAUGCCGAAUCGUCAAUGUCACAACCAGUGACUACGAGAUCCGGGAGGACUGUGAAGCCUCCAGGUUGGCAGAAAGACUUUGCGAAAUAG